AUGGUGUGCGGGUCCCAUGGCUUUGGUGUGGGCUGUAAAUCGUCACCUGUUUCCAGAGGCACAGGUGGAAGAGAGGAAGGAGGCGGCCUUAUGGUGGAGACGCCUGACGGACACCACCUCAGCCAGGGCAGCAUGAUCCAGAUCACAGGCUGGGGACUUGGGCCCCCCAAAAAGCCCUCUGCCUCUUCUUUUUGUGAUACAGACGAACACAGAGCUGGCGUGCACCGGCUGCUCAGUAACUGCGAUGGUCACGCUCAGAAGCAUGUUCCAGCAGUUGAAUUUGGCGCUACUUCUAUUCACUGCAGACCAGUGCCCAUGGACACCGAGAUGGACAUGAGUGAGUUCCUGAUGCCCAGAGACGAAGAAGAGGACUCGAGGGAGUCAGCGCUGUGUGGCCGCAAGCUGCCGCUGUGGCUGGGGCUCCUGCUGCUCCUGGCGGCGGUGGGGCUGCUUGUGCCCCUCAUCUACUUCGCUGUCAGGGCCAACAGCAAGGCCUGCGUGGACGGCCUCCAAGCACAGAAGGAGUGUCAGGAGCUCAACCAACACCUGCAGCGCCAGCUAAACCAGCCCCAGGAAGUCUUACAUGAGAAGGAAGCGGAAGCUGCCACAUGCAAACAGACUGUGGUGACCCUGAAGGACUCUCUGAAGAAGGAGCAGGCACGAGUGGAGGAGCUUCAGGGAGGGUUGGCGAACUUGAACCAACAAGUGGAAGACCUUUCCGAGAAAUUAAGAAGAAAGAGUGAGGACUCAGCGGAGGAUUACGCCUCUAGCUUCUUCGACCUGUUGUUCUCCUUUUUCGGGGGUGUGGUGAUGACUCGGGUUGUGUCCUUCACCCGCAAGUGUCUGAAGAAAUGAGGUCCC